UGUGUGCCAUGUGAAAGCCAACGUGCACAAUGUCACUACCUAAAGCAGUAGUCUCACAAUGCUACCACAUAGUGCAGCAUACCGAUUCAAUUUCAGCUUACAUGGGCCACAAUUAUUAGACACAAUACGAAUGCAAAUUUGGCAGUAUAUUUAUGGUUGAACUGGUGCCUUACUAGAAGAACAUUGACUAACAAAAGCUAGUGAAAAGAAGAAAAGAGUGCAACAUUCAUUCAGCCAAAUCAUGGCUUCGAAUUCAACAAGAUUGAAAGUCCUUUUUCUCCUAACAAUUCUGAUUAUUUGCAAUGCCAAAGAGCAACUGAUUCACGUCAAACCCGACAGCUACCCACAAAAGUGCUCCUGUUCCUACCAGUUCCCCGAAUGUCAGACUUUGUCUGAGUACGCACUCAAUACAAGAAGUGACCUCCCUUCCAAGUUUAUACUAUCUCCUGGUCUAUAUUAUCUUGAUUCACACUUUUCGAUAAAUGGUACCAGUACCGAGAGCUUCUAUCUAAAUGGAACUGAAAAUACCACCAUCUACUGUCGACAAAAACCACUUUAUCGUUCAAUGGUUUGACAAGUGUAACUAUUCAGAAUGUGGCCUUUGUUUCGUGCGGUGAAGGUGAUUUGCCUGGUAUCAGCUUGACCAACAUCAACACAGUGAAGAUGAUGUACAUCAGUGUAGCUAACACCACCUCUGGUGCUCUCUACAUUAAAGACAGCUCAAAUGUUGAGCUCACUAACCUCGUGAUUACCAAUAACCAAAACUCAUUUGCUACGAUUGUUAGCAUACAAAACUCAGGAAAUACCACAUUAAAUGACCUCAGCAUCUUCAACAACAGUAUUGGAGUAUAUAUACGAAUCUGAGUGUGUCUACAGCAGCUUUCCUAAUGCAGAAGAGGUAGUGUUUAGAAUUGAUGGUGGUUUCCUAACAGCUGAGAGUGUUGAUGUGACUGAUAAUGUUGGACCGUUUGGUGUAAUGGCCUUGAGUAACGUUGAGGCAGUUGUGAAUGGAGACUGGUCAUUUGAACGAAACCUUGUCUGUCUAGGUGGUACUUUGGCCCUCAAUAAAACAGAAUUGCAAUGUAGGGGCAAUCUGUAUUUUUUUGAGAAUAAAGGAAUCAACGAAAACAAUAAAUCUACUGCUGGACUUCUCUUGAACAACAGUGCCACACUUAACUUAACAGGAAACAUUAAGUCAAGUGGAAAUGAAGGAUAUAAUAUUAUGUCAGUUCAAUCAAUUUCCUCACACAUAUCCACGAUAAGAGGAGUGCUUAAUCUAACGAGCAAUCCGGGUGAUUGUAAAGGCAUCUCAUUAACGAGGGAUUCGAAAUUGACAAUUAAGGAUGGAGCCCUAGUAGUUCAUAACAACGUGUUUCGCCGGCAAAUAAUUUUGGUUGAUAACUCGGAACUUUCGGUCAGUGGAAUUGUAUCAGUUGUUAAUAAUCCAUCGCAAAUUGUUGUGUACAAUGGAAAACUAACUCUACGUGGCGACAUCCAAUUUCAAGGGAACGCUAUUUCAAGGGUAUGCUUCACGGUCAACGAUUAAUAUAAGCGGUAAUUCCACUUUCACAAGUAACAACAUAAAAGAUAAUUUUAAAGGUGGUACUCUUACUGUAAUACAAAGCACUUUAUUAGCAUACCCUGGGGGCAGCGUUAUACAUGUGAACUUUUACCACAUAAAAACUCUUGACGUUGAGUAAACUGCUUUAAUUGACUUGAAUCGAACAAUAACUUCACUCACCAAUAAUUCAGUCCCCAUGUUUACAUCCGACAGCUACUGGUUUUGCUUUUGUGAAGAUGAUCGAGAAAAGUGCUCUGACAGAUCUCAGAAUAUAACUGCAUUCAAAGGAGAGAGAUUCUCUGUAAAAGUCAGAGCUAUCAAAUUCUACGGGAGCAAUAUGUCAGAACCGGUACGAAGCACUUUAGAGUCUUCCCGAGAGCAAGUGGAUAUUGGGGAUCUAUCAAUUACUGCCUCUCUUAUCGGGAACGAUGGUAGGCUACUAAGUGUUAGCGCAACGGAGUGCACCAGCAUUAACUUCACGGUUAAAUCUUCGGCAGACAAUGAAGUAAUUAUUAUGAAUGUUGGCGAAUCAUUUUUUGAUAUGGAGAAGUCGUUGAAAGUGAAUGUUAAUCUAAACCCCUUUUGUCCUGAUGGAUUUCCAUUCAAUGAGAAGCGGGACUCUUGCGUCUGUGAUGAAAGCAUCAAGAAAUUUCUACUCAGCUGUGACGUUAACGAUAAAUUUCAGAAGAGAAUAGAGUAUCCAGCAUUUUGGAUGGGGCCUGCAAAUGACUCCACGUAUCAAGGUGCCGUAAAUUGGUAUGACAAAUGUCCUCAUCGUUUCUGUAUCACAAGUGGCACAUUUACUUUUUUGGAUGAUGGUAUUUGUGACAACAAUAGGUCUGGUGUACUGUGUGGAAGCUGCAAAGGAAACACUAGUUUAUUGCUCGGUAGUGAUGUAUGUGUGGACUGUUCAGAUAAUGCAUGGUUGACACUAUCGGUUGUUUUUGCAGUGGCUGGAGUACUAGUGGUUGCUUUAAUCUUCCUAUCUCAAAUGACAGUGGCUUCAGGAACUAUAAAUGGACUCAUCUUCUACGUCAACAUUUUGAACAGCAAUCAAGCUGUGUUUUUCCCAGAGGGAUUUUUCCGUGGCUAUACCAUCUUCAUAUCAUGGCUGAACCUCAAUUUCGGAAUCGAAACAUGCUUCUAUGAAGGCAUGAAUCAGAUUGCAUACAGUGGACUACUAUUUGUAUUCCCAGUCUACAUCUGGAUACUAGCAGGCCUGAUUGUUGUUCUAUGCCGAUACUCUGUAUGGGUAUCGAAGUUUUUCAGUACCAGCGACCCUGUAGCUGUUCUUGCUACCAUAAUCUUGUUGUCUUUCAACUCACUAGCUCAGAACAUCAUCAAUAUUUCUUACUAUUCAUCAAAAACCCUGGUAGAUCUAACAUGAGAACGGUAGUUUGGAGAUAUGACGGAAACGUUGAUUAUGCCUCUGGGCAUCAUUUGACUCUUAUCAUAGUCGCAUCAGUGUUUCUCCUAUUGCUACUGGCAUACACACUUGUACUGUUCUCUGCACAAGUUUUACAGAAAAAUGAUUUCAUCUCAAAAAUUCUUCGACGGUUGAGAUUUCAACCUUUCAUACACGCAUACCUGAUCCCUUUCAAACCCAACCAUCGCUACUGGGCAGGAUUUAGUCUCCUGAUGAGAGUCAUGCUACUAAUUAUAUCAAUUGCAUUUGGAAAAAAUCAGCAUAUAAUCUUCUUGCUAUCAUUACCACUUGUAUUGUUGCUAUAACUAUGUUCAAGGUGACUGGAGGAAUAUAUGACAAGAGUUGGAUUGACACACUGGAGAUGUCCUUCUUGGUGAACCUAGGUGUGCUUGCAGCAGCUACCUCAUAUUCUCUGAAUUCUUCAAUCAACGGUCAUAGAGAAAUUGCCACAUAUAAUUAUAUCGAUUUCGAUAGCACUACUAACUUUUAUCGGGAUCAUAAUUCUGCACAUUUAUUGGCGACUCAAGAAGCUGCCAAUGGUGAAGGAGAGAAUGGAAGCUUUUGCCCAAAAAAUGCGAGGAAUUAAAUUUGCCAAAAGACAAAAACAAAAGAUAACGAUAAUCAAUCCGACUAAAUUGGACGGUAAGAAGGUUUCUCGAAGUGUAAUUCGAAUGAGUGUUCUAAGGGAGCCAUUACUAGAAAUCUAACUAUACUGAUAAAAAUUAUACGCUAAGAGUAAAUUUAUAGCUAUGUGUUAUUACGAUUAGUACAGCCUGUUUUGUUAAAUUUUAGCAAGUGCACAUUUAUCCAGUACACAUGCACAUAAUUAUUAUAUCAUGCUUCAUCAUGCA